AUGAAGCAACGAGAAGAGGAUGUCGAGUCCCAAGCUCAGCUACUUUCUAAGGAGAGUCAGUCACCAUCGAGCGAAGAAUUUGACUACGACGAACCCGAAAACAGUCACCAAAAUCAGUCAUCACGCCGUAGACGUCGGAUAGAACAGAAUCCUUUAUGGCGCCGUAUCCAGUCGUUCACGUUACCUAUCUGGGCGCCUUGUCGCAAAUUCAGCCCUAAAUACUACGUCUUCGCCAUUGUCGUAUCCUUACUCAUCACGCUGUUCAUCUUUAACCCCUAUUCCCCGACAAUACCUACCCAGCAUCAGACAGACGUCGACGUGUCUCCCGGAACCCCAACAAGUACUAUCGCAUCCUCUACAAAAGCCGCAAAGCCCACCGAGAGUUCAACACCUGCAUACAAACCACCAAAACUCGAGGCCAACGACAAAUAUUGCACCACAUGGCCCGUGGGCGAAGAUGGCCGAUACGAACCCAAGGGAGCUAGCCGAGCCAACAAGAUCAAGAUAGAUAGCAUUGCUCCUAAAGGUGGAUGGAAAAAACCAGCGGGUAUCAAAGUCAUCGGUAUGGUCUUUUAUGGCCGUAAGAGAUAUGUGGACCUCUUGGAUUGUUACCUCCAGCAGAAUCUGGCAUCGAAUGGCGGCUACUUUGACGAGGUGUGGUUUAUGGCCCACACCAAGGAAAAAGACGAUGUUAGCUGGAUAGAAGAUCUUGUCCAAAAGACUCCCGGUUAUAAGAUUGUCGGCAAGGGAAAAUGUGAAGGCGAAAAAUAUAAGUGCAUGUGGACUUACGCCGUCGAGGACAAAACUAUCUAUGUCAAAAUAGAUGACGAUAUUGUUUAUAUCCACCCCGACGCCAUCCCUCAACUUGUCCAUACUCGCAUUGCCCUACCUCAUCCGUAUGCCAUCUCGUCAAACCUAGUUAACAGUCCCGUCACGGGAAUGGAGCAAUAUCACUACGGUGCGAUCCACCCCUUUCUCCCGGACCCGAGCAGCAAGCCUUCGUUUCAUGCUGCGGAGACGUGGCGCGCUUCCGAAAAGAAGAAAUAUCCUAAAGACCAACUGGUGGACGAAUAUAAGAUCAUGGACAUGGAACCGUCGUACCGCGGCCACCCUUGGCUCCUUAUAUCUGACGACCACUAUGACCUACUGAAAACACCCAUGGGAAAAUACGACCAGAACCGUGGUUCCGACCCAAUUGCAUUCGGUUUGGCGUGGAAGUCGUGGGCUAUCGGCGCGCAGCAACAAUAUUCUCUCUUGUACAAUCUUGAGCAGAAUAAGAUGCAACGCUAUUUCUUCGGCCGAAAUAUCCGAUACCCGGAAAGCGCUUUGGGACCCAAUGCUUCCGCAGUAGUCUUCCCUAACGGGGACGGCCCCGGUGGUGAGCAGACAUAUGAUACCGGGUACAACCGAUACAACUUGAACUUCUGCGCCGUAUGGGGUUCCGAUAUCAGGGAUCAACUACCCAUUGCCGACGAUGACGAGCAAGAUAUCACUGCGGAUAUUCCUAGACGCAUUGGACGGCCAUUCGUAAUCGACACCCGCUCCGUAGUAGGCCAUUUUAGCUUCUUUACCCAGAAGGAUGGUAUCAAUAAGAGCGAUCUUCUAGAUCGAUGGCGAGCAUUCGCGAACGAAGCGGUCUGCACCGCAAAAAACCAGAAGAAGCCGUGGGAUCUGAUGUGUCCGGACUUCAAAGCCGAGGGUGGUAUGGGACGGUAG